GUUAAAGACAAAGAGGGAGGACUCCGAUGAGAAGAUGUGAUGAGAGUCGAGUCGAGGAACACGUGGAGUCUCAUUGAUAAAAGAGUGCGCUGAUUGAUUCAGAACAACAGAAGCACAGUUUCUAAAAAGAUUCAGGAUUACCGAUCAGCUGUGCAAAGAUGAAAUAACAUGUCAGAGUUGGUUAGACGCGUUCUCCAGGGGUUCUCAAUAGAAAUGUCCAGGAACAUUAUGGAAAACCCGAGUUCACAGAAGAGUUGGAAGUUGUUGCGGGACUCUCUGCUGCUUUGCUUCUUUGCUGGCCGUGGAGACGCUCAGUGUGACCGCUGUAUUGAGUAUUGCUGUGAUGGGGUUCCUCCGUUCUGCUGCUCUUACUAUGCGUACGUGGGAGACGUGCUCUCGGGAACAGCGAUCUCCGGGAUCGUGUUUGGUGUGGUGUUUCUGAUGGGUGCCGUGGCCGCUAUCUUCCUGUGCAUCUGUAUGUGUGUGAAGAACAGCCGCGGGGCGAGAGUGGGCGUCUACGGCUCGUCGUACAUCAACACCGUGACUCAGAGCUACCCAGGUCCUCCUCCUCCUUACAGCUAUGAUUAUGAGAUGUAUCCUCCUGAUCUACGGCCGCCUCCAUACACUCCCACUCCACCCAGAGACUCAGACUACUCUCCACCUCCACCCUAUCCAGGCUACAGCCACAAAUGAGCCUCCGUGUGUGUGUUAUUCUGAGAGGACACAUAAAAUAGUGCACAAAAAUAAAAUAUGCCUGCACAAAUGCCAGACUGGCGCUCUGUCGUGAAAGGAGCGAUUUUCAUUCACUCGACAGCGCAAAGAUGAGUCUUACCCAAGGAUUGGAAUAUUUUUAUUGAUGACAUGGACAUUUAUGGUCUCAGAAACACUAAUAGACCUUCUUUAUUAGGCAACAUGAGACCAGGACAACUCCAAAAUAUACAUAUGUUUUCUUGUGAUGCAGUUUGUUGAAGAUCAGUGUUAUUUCUUUAAUUGUCGAAUGGAAGAACAGUGAAAUUAAACUGUUAAUAUGGGAGUAAAUGUCAUAUGUGUUGUGCAGAGUAACAUUAUUUGUGACCCUAGAGCACAAAAGCAGACUGAAGGAGCACAGAUAUAUUUUUAUCAACAGCCAAAAAAACAUUGUACGGGUUAAAACCAACGGUUUUUCUUUUGUGCCCAAAAUCAUUAGGAUAUUAAUUAAAGAUCAUGUUCCAUUAAGAUAUUUUGUACAUCUCCUAGCAUAAAUAUAUCAAAACUAAAUUUUUUAUUAGUAAUAUGCAUUUCUAAGAA